AUGCUGUUGCAAGAGUUCCUGCAGCUGGAAACAAGCUGGCCGGAGGGCUACUCGGACAGUGCUAUGAAUAGUGCCCGUAACCGUGCGAAUCCGUUCGAGAAGGUCGGAAGAAAUAUCUUCAGCGGUCGCUCGGCGGUUAAACUGGCAAACCUGGACGUGCUGUGCAAUGUACUGAUGGAGGAAGCAAAAAACGAUGUUUUCUAUGUUGCCAAUGUGUUUGGUGAUAAUGGUGGCUGCGCCGAGUACGUCCUGUGGCGUAAGAAGUGGCGCGCUAAAGUGUUCGGUAUCCCGCUGGGCCACUUUCGAUUCCACGGGUUCCGCAGCUCGAACACGGGUUCCGAAACAUUCCACGUGCUCCACCCCAGUCCAGCCGAUGAUGUCGAUGGUGGUCGGUUUUGCGAUCCGUCAAAUUUGGAACGCUUGACCCGGUACGUGCUCAAGCAAACGGAAACGGGCGUCCAUCUAAUGGUGUGCAACGAUGCGAACAACCGCCACACCAACAACACUCCGGAACUCGUGAAGGAACUGGCGUUGAAGCGGAUCUUCCUUGGCGAGGUAAUCUUCGCGUUGGCAACCGUUCGUCCCGGUGGAAAUCUUAUUCUGAACCUGUUCGAGGUGUUCAACCCGUUCACCGUGGGCCUGGUGUACCUGGUGCAUCGCUGUUUCGGGCAGAUCACCAUCUGCAAGCCGAACAGUACACGGUCGCUGAACUCGGAGCGGUUCCUGAUUGCGAAGGGGAAGCUAAAGCACACGGACCCCGUGCUGCGCUAUCUGCGGAUGGUCAACGAGAAGAUGCAGGACGGCGACGUAACACCAUUGGCGCUGGUCGCGGAAGCAGUGCUGCGAGAGGAUCGUCCGUUUUACGAGUUCAUUCGGCAGAGCAACUACAACAUCACAAGGAAGUCCAUUGCCGGUCAGCGCAAAAGGCUGGCAUUCGUAGAAAAUCCAAAUCUGGUGGAACCACGACAGGCGGAGGUCAAACAAAAGUGUUUGGCACUUUGGAACCUCCCCAAUACGAUGCACAGACAGCAGCUACCGAGAGUUCCCGAUCAGUACGUGGCCACCGUGUACCGGGUGUGGAGCAGUUUGACGAGGAGGCUGGCUUUGCCAGAGGACAAGCUGCAAUCGCCGUUGAGCAACUGUCUUUGCUUGGACUACGAUUGGUACUUCGUGCCGAUCGGCCCCAACUUACGCCUAUUUCUGCUCGGCAUGGGACACCGCAGUGUGUUCCGAUAUGACCUACGGCAGAGUGCUUGGGUCCCGCUAAGGAACAUCGUGAUCGAGCUGCCGGCGGGCACGAUUUU